AUGGCUGGUCUGGGCCUGGUUGACCUGGUUGACGAUACCACAUACCGGAUCAAUCCCAUGACUGCUCACAUGGUGGCAGUGCCAUCGUCUCUCGACGGCAUGCUGCAUUUCACGACAGAGCCUCUCUGGUCAGCAGCUUUCUUGAUGAGACAGCUCAGAGACACAAAAUUCGAAUAUCCAUUCCAAGAAAACAAAACACCCACCCAAUAUGGAUAUAAAAUGAUUGACGAGCAGAGAUUUGUCAACGAGCACACUUAUUCCAUAAUGCACAUGCAAGGACGCAUGCCGAGCUUCUCGUCCUUCAUGGAAGGAAAAUUUGGCCGCUUCGGCACGAUGCCAGAGCGGGUGAAGUCCUUCGGAUAUGAUCUGGAGUCGGUCUUGAAGAGCGAAGCCAACAGCAUAGCCAUCGUCGACAUUGGAGGCGGACGGGGUGAGAUGCUUCUAGAAGUAAAGGAAGCGUACCCUCACUUGAAGAAAGAGCAUCUCGUCUUGCAGGAGUAUCAUCCGGACCAAAAGAAUGCGGACAAGCUGACGAUCCAAAACUGGGAUUUCAAGGACGAAUCACCGGAGUCGGUCAAAGGUGCUCUUGUGUAUAGCCUGACACACAUCUACCACAAUUUGUCAGACCUCGAAGCCUUGCGACUGAUGAAGAAGAUUUCAGAUGCGAUGGCGCCGUACUCCAGGAUGCUGAUUCAUGAGUUCGCAAAAAAUGCCACAUAUGGGAAGAUGCACGCGACCAUGAUUCAACUGUACGCUGGGAGAGUCAGGAGUAGUCGCGAAUGGAAGCAGAUGGCGGCUUUGGCGGGCUUGGAAGUCACUUUCGAGGCAUAUCCUGUCGCCGGGGAGGGGCUUGUUGAGAUGAGAAAGGCCGGAACAUCCGAGGGGACAUCCGAUGUGGCGGCCUAG